ACGUCACGAACGAAACGAUUUAAACUUUUGGUCGUCUGCCUGAGGAUGUGUGGUGAAAUGUUUUUGUGUUUAAAAAAAUUAAAAAAAAUUAAAUAAGUAUUUAAGUAGUAAUUAGUCUAUUGAUUGAGCCAGAGUGUUCCUGAAAUCUGCCCAAGAAAGUAACUAAAAAGCAGAAAAUGUUUAAUAUAGUUACUUGGAAUAUUAACGGAAUUCGUUCGAGUCAGCAAAAUCUGAAGGAUCUUUUUGAUUCUCUGGGUGCAGAUAUAAUAUGCCUACAAGAGACAAAGAUUACUAGGGACAUGCUUGAUGAAUCUACAGCUCUUGUAGAUGGAUAUUCUUCAUUCUACAGUUUUUCAAGGAAAAGGUCUGGGUAUUCAGGUGUUGCUACUUACUGCAAGAAUUCUUACUCUCCAUUUCAAGCAGAAGAAGGACUUGCUGGAACUUUUAAUGUGCAUGAUGACAAAAUCGAUUUUUAUGAUAAUGUGCACAGUUCAUUCACUGAUGAAGGGCUUAGAGCCCUAGAUGCUGAAGGACGCUGUGUUAUGACUCUCCAUAAAUUUCAGAAAGAAGAAACUUUAAUAUCUCUCGUAGUAAUCAACGUUUAUUGCCCUAAUGCUGGUGAAAAUGAUGAACGCUUACCGUACAAGCUAGAAUUUUAUCGAGCUCUAAAUCUUCGUUGCCAUGAUUUCCUUAGCCAAGGAUAUUACGUUAUCGUCUUGGGCGAUAUGAACGUCUCACAUCGUUUAAUUGACCAUUGCGAACCCGAGGAUGUUACUAGUUUUUCCAAGUCACCUAGUCGAUUGUGGCUAGACGGAUUUUUACAUGAGGGAGGCGGUAAGUUCGUCGAUUCCUUCCGCCAUCUUUAUCCUACUAAAGCGAAAGCUUUCACUUGCUGGAACACGAAGUUAAGCGCGCGGGUCAACAAUUACGGGACACGAAUUGAUUAUAUAUUACUUAGUAAUCAAUUAACUGAUGCACUACAAGACUGCAUCAUCAUGAGUGACGUUUACGGUAGCGACCACUGCCCCGUUAAGUCAUCUUUAGCUCUGGAUAUAAUCGCCUCAACGAAACUGCCUGCCUUAUGCACCAAGUUUUUUAAAGAAUUUUCGGGGAAGCAGCUAAAAAUGUCGACAUUUUUUUGCAAGAGAACUCUUGCAGUUGAACCAUCAAAUGAAAUUCAUGGCGAACCAGAAGGUUCAGAACCCAAGAAGAUGCGACUGUCAUUGAAAACUAAUAAACAACAGCAAAGUAGCUUGCUUAAAUUCUUUUCCUCAGGCACUGCAAACAGCGUUAAAGAAUCAGUUUCUUCUUCAAAUUCAUUAGAUACUAAGAAGUCAGAAGAUGAUUCUAAAUAUUUUGAGAGUACUACUUCUACAUUCACUACUUCAAUCUCGUCUUAUUCCUCUGCUUCAGCGGCAUGGAAAAGUGUGCUUAAAGGACCCCCACCACCUCCAUUAUGUAGUGGACAUCAAGAGGCGUGCACAUUGCGAACAGUUAAGAAAAAGGGUCCAAACAUGAACCGGCAAUUUUGGACUUGCUCCCGUGCAACCGGACACAGCAGUGAUCUCAAUGCUCAAUGUAAUUUUUUUGUUUGGGCCAAACGAUAAUCGAUCGUAUCCCCAAUUGUUCUCAUGAUAUUUUAUACAAAAAGAAAAAGAAUGAAAAUAAUCUUUAAAUAAACUGGUUUUAUAAGUGAAAUAGCUGUUCUAACCAACACUUUAUUCUUCUAUAUAUAUCCUUACAUCAUGUUGACAUUCACUCACAUUGUUAUUUAGAAUUUACCUUUUAAUCCAGAAUAAUCAUAUUGAAGUGAACUAUAACCCUUUUGGGUUUGA